GGGCGGUCAAGUAACCAGCAACCAUGUCGGACGAAGACAUGAAACAGCCGAAGACAGAAUCGACAAUUAUGAAGACAAUUCGUGCCCCCAAGGCACCCCAAAGCCCCGACCCCAGUUUUGUCAGAACGGAGGACCUCUACUACACACUGGAACCACCCAUGCCACCUCAGAAACUCAAUCGGACGCCGAUGGGGGACUACAUCGUACCACAGGGGGGAACGCCGCUCACAAGCCUCGGCGACCAUGUACCCGGGCCUGCGGACUACACGCCAAAGAUCGACCUGACCAGAAAGUCAGCGCCGCAGUACUCGCUGGUCGGGAGACUGAAGAAACAUAUACCAACCCGGUACCCCGGCCCUGCGGAUUACCCGUGUGGGGCGAACCUUAUCUGGAACCACCGAACCGUCACCCUCAAGGGCAGAGUUGGCAAGAGCUACCUCGAGGAGAAAGGUGCGUCAGACAUAGGGCCCGCCAUGUAUGACACGAUGAACCCCAUGGGGAGUUGCGGGCCCUGCUUUAGCAUGGCGUCCAAACACACCUGCAUCGACGUCGUGUCCGGGCCCCCCGACGACCUCGUGCAGCCCGUAGACACGCACGGGUUUGAGACGCCUGGCCCCGACUUCCGGCCAAACUCAGGCUAUUGGGGAAGAGGACCCAAAAAGUCGUUCGGAAGCAGACGUCCAGUCUUUUUUCAAGACAAGCCAGGUCCUGGUCCCGGUGACUACGAUAUUCCUGAUUCCAACAGGGGCCCAUCCUACUCACUGGCCAGGCGGUUGAACAACUCGGACGAGACAACCAGGCGCAAGAAAAAGAAGGACCCGGCACCAAAUACAUACGACGUCGGCAGUACCAUCGGCAAAACUGUGGCAAUCUCCAUCGCCGGCAGGAGGAAGGAACACCCAAAAAGUAUCGAGAAGGCCGGACCCGCAGCCAACGCCUACACGCUGAAGACGUCGUUUGACCCCUUUUUCAAGGCCGCGACAAUGUCCUACCGCUGGUUUGACGUUAAUGCUCCCAUAGAGCCCGGACCAGCCGACUAUCAUGUGCGUAACGUGACCCUGAGGAAGGACCCAGUAUUCACCUGCAGGCAACGUUGCAAGCCAUCGUUUCCGGACCCGCUAUCAUACCCGACGGUGAGCCCCGGGCCUGGCAAGUACAACGUGAGAAAGGAGACCCAAAACAACGACGAUCCUGCUUUUUCGAUGGGGUCACGACGAACUAAUCGCCAGAAAGGUGGUGGACCAGCUCCAAAUCAGUACAGCGUCGAGAAAUUCCAGAAACCGGGCGCCGAGCGAGCACCUGCGUUCACUAUGGGCCGGAGAUUUGAGUCCCCCGACAGCAAGGUGAGCCCCGGCCCAGCCGCCUACAAUCUCCAGACAACCAUGGCAGGGGGACCAAGAUACACCAUGUCCAAGAGGCUCCCGAAAUACACCACAGGUGUCAUCAUCCCGGCCCCUAACGCCUACAGACCCCCCAGCGCUCAAACCUACAAGGGUCUGAGGACCAAACUAGGGUUGAAGCUAAAGAGCCGAGCAAGUCCGUUUGUAUACUCGGGUUUCAAGACCAACAGGAUAGUUGACCCCGUGGCAUGACCCACCCACCCACGCGUCUGUUGUCAUUGAUUGUAGAGUAUUUAUUUGUCGUAGGCGUCCAUCCAUCCAUCCUCCCUCAGACCGGCUCAUUGAUCCUCAUCACUCCGACUUUACUCAUUAGUAUAAGAGGGUUCUACACCGGUUUUGUAAUAGAGGAUUAUAGAUAUUUUAUAGUGUAUUGAUUUAUCUGUUUUGUUGUGAUGGGAUUAGUGUCAAUGUGAUUUUGAAUUUGAUGCUCCUGUAAACGUUUAACAUUUACCUGUCCAUUGAAAUGAUGAAGUUCUGUUUUGAGGUUGGUUAUUUAAAGAGUAUGGUCUA